CGAAGUCCAGCGCCCACCAGGCGAACACCCCUAGACAUGAGGACCCUCACUCUCACGCUAUGGGCACUCUGCGCGCUGGCGGCCGCGGUGGCCGCGCCGGCGCAGGAGGUCGCCGCCGCCGAGGUCGCCGAGGUCGCCGCGCCCGCGGAGCAGGCCGCCCUGGCCCAGCUCGCCGACGACGCCAUCACCCGAGUCAAGCGCGGCUGGCACUCACCACCAGAAGGAGUCUGGAAAAAGAAACUGGUCUGGAAAGAGGACUGGAAACAAAUCUGGAAAACAGAAAAGAAAUUGAUCUGGAAAACUGAAUGGAAAAAAGAAAAGGUGCCAGCGUGGAAAACGGAAAAGGUCUCUCAGUGGAAGGAGGAACAAGUACCAGCCUGGAAGGUAGUUCAGAAGCCCAUAUGGAAGGAAAUCCAAGUCCCUGUUUGGAAGGAGGUGCAAGUGCCCGACUGGAAGAAAGUAUGGAAACCAGUAUGGAAGGAGAUCCAAGUCCCGAUCACCAAAGAUAUCCAGGUGCCCGAAUGGAAACAGUCGUACGUCCCCGAGUGGGUCAAGGAGGGAGUACCCGGCGAGAAGUACCUCGGCAAGGACGACCACGGUUGGGAGUACACCAGUCACGACUUGUGGCGCAAGAAGAUGAUCUGGAAGCCCGUGUGGAAGAAGGUCUGGAAGACGGUACACAAGCAGGAAUGGGUCACCGAGAAGAAGCUGGAAUGGAAGGAGGAGUGGAAGCAGAUCUGGCGGACCGAAAAGAAACAGGCUUGGGUGACCGAGAAGAAACAGGAGUGGGUCGAUGAGAAAGUGCAAGUGUGGAAGACCAUCAAGAAGGAGAUCUGGGUACCAGUGCAGAAGAAGAUCUGGGUAGAGAAAUGGAAGCAGAUCCAAGUCCCAGUCUGGAAGACCAUUGAAGUGCCAGCGUGGAAGAAGGUAUGGAAGCCGGUGUGGGAGAAGGUGUGGGUGCCGAUCCACCACGAGCACCACGAGCACCACGAGGAGCACGGCUGGGACUAGACCCCGCACCCUCCUCCGAGAGACCACCACUUUGUAAAUACGGGAUCGAUGGCAGUGAAGUUAACUGAUAGUUACCGAAUGAUACCAAGUAUCGUCAAACGAUUAUAAUGGAUAUAUUUUUAUUCGAUUAAAUUAGAAAUUCAAUACUCAUGUAACAGUAAGUGUACACGUACAUAGGCGAUCUAGCGCGGAAUCCCGGUCCGGAUAGUCGGUGAGUUGAACAGGUUUCUAUAUAAAGGCGUACGCGAAGGCGAUUGCGAAUUACUGCAAAUGCGAAUGUGCAAGCCCUGGCUUGGGAGAUACUCUGCUGCUUGGCUUUGCGUGCGCCUCAGACGGGAGCCCAGGGUGGCCCAGAGAUACAUCAUUCUAACCACAUUUAAUAUCCGAGCGAGACAAAACGUCAUCUUCUUCGCUCUCAUUAGUGCCAACUCUGGACUCCCGUCUCUGAAAUCUGAUUACUCAUUGAACCAGUAGUUGUUUCAAAGUAAUGUGUAGUUGAAUCCAAAUCUAUAUUUAAUCAUUUGUAUGAAUUCUAAGUGUUGUAUCAAUAUCAAUUAAUACAUUCCCUUUAAUGAGAGAAUGUUCAUAAGCCAGUUGAAUUAUUUUUUCCUUAUUUUAAAGGAUUUAGUCACAAGAGUAUGAAGGAGAUUUUUUACUUUUAGUUUUAGGAGGCGACCUUGCGAACCAUCAGUUUAUUGUUUUAUGUAUCCGUUUGUUUGUAAAACAAACUGGUACAUUUGUUUAUUUUUUAGUAUCUUAAGUAACCGAUUUUAUUUACAUAUACGAACAUCUUUGUUUAUAUUUAUUAUAUACAACAAUGAUUUUUGUUAAAGUACAAAUUUAAAGAAAACUCAGAUUUCUUCUACUUAAUAAUCGGUUGCUUUAUGUUGUUGGCCAUGGUUUGGCGUUUCAGAGUACAAUGUUGUUUUAAUUGUUUAUUUGUAGGUACCUACAAAUUUAGACUAUAGAUUUAAGAAAUAUACGAAUACGAGAUU